AUGCUGCACGCGCUCGUCGCCGACGUCUCCAGGUCCGCCGCCGCCGCCGCCGCUGCCGCCGCCCUCCGCAGCAAGCAGCUCAGAAAGUUAGUCUCUUCUUCGCCGCUCGCGGAAGCCUCCGGCGCCGCUGCCCCCGCAACGGGCUCGCUUCAGCGAUUUUUAACCUGCGCUUCAACUCGAUUAGAGGCCCAACGCAUUGAUUAG